AUGGCAAGUGUUGCAAGUUCUGAAGCAAUGACUUAUUUAUGGGAGGGGAGUUUUGGUAUCACCGACGAUGGCAACUUUAUAUUUAGUUUCAAUGAUCAUUUGCUAGUUGUAUGGAAAGGUUUUGAAAGAGUAUAUGGCAACACCCUUGGAAUGUUAAAGAGUAUUGACUUGUCAUGCAACCAAUUAAGUGGAGAAAUCCCUCGAGAAUUAGCAAGUUUGGAAGGGUUGAUUAAUCUGAAUCUUUCAAGAAACAUGUUGAGGGGAAGCAUAAUUAGGGAGAUUGGCCAAUCGAAAUCCUUGGGUUCACUCGGUUUGUCCAUAAAUAAUCUGUCUGGUGAAAUCCCGGAAAGCAUGUCCGAAAUAUCUUUUCUCAGCGUUUUGGAUUUGACGAACAACAAUUUGUCUGGAAAAAUUCCCUCAAGCACUCAGUUGCAGAGUUUCAAUGCUACUUCAUAUUCAGGGAAUCCGGGACUGUGCGGAGAACCAUUGCGCAAAUGUCCUGAAGAUGAGCCACCAAAGGUGCCUAACAAUGGCGGUAUUGAAAGAAGCAGCGAAGGAUUUUGGGGGAUUUUUGGUUCAUUGGUGAUUAACAGGUCUUGGAGACAUAAAUAUUUUCAAUUGGUGAGCAAGUUAACAGAUUGGAUGAGAUUAACAAUGGCACUGAUGAUGGUGAAAUUGCAACGCAAACUACGAUUGAAAGAGUGA